GGUUGGUUUCGUACGUUCGUACGUGACGUUGGAUUGUGGGGGCGUGGGGCGUAAAUUAUUGGCAGUUUCUGAUUUUACUGUGCUAAUAAUUUUUUGUUUUGUUUUCAGAUAUAUUCUGCAAGUUCGUGAAUACAUUCCAUCCAAUCCAAUAUGGGUGUCGAAGUUCAAACCAUUACUCCAGGUGAUGGCCAGACCUUUCCGAAGACAGGUCAGAAGGUGUUUGUACAUUACACUGGCACACUGACGGACGGCUCCAAGUUUGACUCAUCCCGGGACCGCGGCCGGCCGUUCACCUUCAACAUCGGCCAGAAGCAAGUGAUCCGCGGCUGGGACGAAGGUGUGGCGCAGAUGUCCAAGGGCCAGCGGGCGAAGCUGAUCUGCUCGCCUGAUUACGCAUACGGCGCGCGCGGCCACCCGGGCAUCAUCCCGCCCAACGCCACGCUGCACUUUGAUGUGGAGCUGAUCGACAUUCAGUGAACGGCUGGAUCCCGCUCACCGGCCGGCCGCCGAUGGCCCGCGUCGAUAACCCGCCGGUUUGUGGAACGGAGUCGGCCGGCAGCUCUGGUACUAACGGUCUGUCAGCCGCGGACACGCCCCCCAGCGGCGGCGGAACCGCUGGGCAUCGGCCGAGCGACGCCAGACACCGGGAGACCGCCACUGAAGGCAGUGCGCGAGCGACGCGAGUGGCGCAAGUGGUCCGUACACUAGUGUCGCCUCUGGACCGUGAUCCAGCUUGGUUUCGACUGGAGAGUACUGCCGUGAACCGUGCGCCGUCAUCUAACAGCGAAUCGUGUCCGCGAGAUCUGCAGCAAGCUAUGUCCCAUCACCCCACCCCGGCGUGUCUUUGUCUCUGUCUGUCUGUCCGCGGGCCGUAUCGUGCCCCGUCUUACUAGUACCCCGCUCCCGUGUCCGCGUGUCCUCUGUGUGUCCUGCCGUGUCCGCUGUCUACCCUGACCGGUCGGCCGUCCGCGUCCUCCAAUACACGACUGCUCACAGCCGA